AAGAAAGAGGUAAAAUGAGACGCCAUCGUUGCGGGAACAACUCUGUUUAUUUUAACGAACGGGCCCUGGUUGAGAUUUUAUUUUCAUUUCAACAAUUUUUUAUAUUUUAAUUUGCACUCAAUCCGAACCGUUUUUAUCUUAUCGAUUCUUACGAUUCUUAUUGUCACGUAUUCCGCGAGGCAUAAGAGGCAAGGGGAGAAAAUGCCGCUCGUGUACACCAAGGAAGAAAUCAAAGCCUAUCUGGCAGAUCGGGGUUUUGAUGUCAAUGAUGAUGAAGUUAUCAAGAAAUUUAUUCAUGAUCUCAAGAAAAUGGUAAAGUAUGAAGACAGACAGAGACGACGGGUCAAAUUGGGUCAUGAUCCUGUGGACACUAAUUUGGAGUCUUCAGCACCGUCGAAUCAUACUGCGAAUAAUUCUACAUCAAAUAUCCAGGAUGUGAGGCCAGUUAGCAGCAGGUCUAUCGGCGUUGGAGCUGAUCAUGUUGCUGCCCGUCACGACAAAUCCGAGCCUUUGGGACCAAGUAGACAACGCAGCAGAGAUCACGUAGUAGAAAUUCUGAGUAGAAAGGAACCACCAAAGCUUGCUUGGGACUCGGAAGAACAAAUCCCACACGAUGGGGUAGAUGGAGGUGGUAGUAGAUUUCUCCAUCGACAUAACCACCCAAAUGUGCAACUAAAUAGUCGUUCGGAACUCAAUAUCCGUUCUAAAAAGCAAACACAGGGAAUUCGUGGGGACCAGCAAAUGAUUGGAGAAGAUGGCGUCAGUAAGGAGCGAAAUAUUUACUCAACAUCACAAAAGAAACCAGUUGAUGAGAAGAGAAGACCUGCCACCGCUGCUGGUACACAUGGGCAUGGAUUACUAGUGGAUAGACCUUCACAAGGAGGGGGACUUGCCACACAGUCGGCAACAAUGCCACGAAUUGGGAAGGAAAAUGAGGCUAGCCAUGACGAGACUUCAGAACUCUUGUAUCUCUUGGGCGGUAUGUUGGGAGAACAUGACAAUGAAAUCGAGUCUGUUUCUUCUGGUUCAUGUUCUAAAAAGCCAUUCCGGGGACCUUUGAAUGCAGUGAAACGAGAUCCAGUGGCCUUGUACUACUAUUACAAAAAGUUUUGGGAUAAGCAGAGUUUUCCUGGAGAGAACCGUCACAUGAAGUUACGCUGGAAUGUUCGGGCACAGACCGUAGGAAACUAUCCAUGCAUUGAUGGGCACCCUGUAAAAUAUCUGAGGUGAUGAUAAACCACAGGAUACUCACAGAAUAAUCACUACUAAUGGUCUAGGUUAAUUAAUUAGCUUCCUUUGCUCAUUUAAAAUUAUCUGUUAUCAUUUUAUUUGUCACCGUACUCUUUACCAAUAGUUCGGUUGUCCAUUAUCAAAGGGGGGCUUUUGCGAGAGAUGCUAUGGUCAUUAUAAUACUCGUAUCUGUGUAAAUAUGUGAAUAGCAUAUAUAUUAUGAAUCUCAACUAAAACUACUUGUAUGUGCAGCGAGUGAAAAUUAACAUUUGUUGCGCCUAAACCACUUCAUGAUGUAAGAAAAUCAGUUUUUAUUGUGAAUAACAAAGUUUUUAAAUAUAAAA